AUGACGCCCUACAAGAAUGCUUGGUUCGCCGUCCUCACUUUCCGGCAGCAUGCCCCGAGUGCCGGGCCCAGCACCAUACAUUUCAUCGACAGACAUCACGGUCUUGUUUUAUGGUGCCGUGAAUGCGGAAAGGACUUUGCAAGCCGCUGCCAAUUGAACAAGCAUGCUCCCGUGAAACAACGCAGGCGCGAGCAACCAGUGCCCUUCACUUGCCAAAAAUGUCUGCCCAAAGUCACUCUUGCUGGCACUCCCGAAAUCUACCCUUUGACUCAUGGUCGUCAACGAGGUCGCAAACAUGUUCAAAUCUCGGCAUGUUGCCAGAGCUUAGGGGCCGAGGACGAUUCUGCCGAAUCUGACGAAUCAGUGGCCGGCAUCAAGUUUGCCUGUUUUGCGGCGCCUGGGUGCAAGAAGCUGUUUUCUACAACCCUGAAAUUGCUUCAUCACCUCGAGAACGGCCGAUGCUGCUCUCAUCAGUUGCGCCGACCCAAGCGUCCAAGGAGGGGCAUAAAAGCCCGCAAACAUCCAAAAUGGGAACGGGAAAUCGACUCUGACGAGUACGAUGGCAAUUACGAGUACGAGUACGACGAGCAUGAUGCCGAGGACGAUGAGAGGCCUGGAAUUGAUGCCACACUGUUGUAA